AUGGCCGAAACAACAGCUUCAACCAAAGCCCAAGACAUCUUGGACAAUAUCCGAGCCGUGGUCGAUGCACUUGGAACGGUCGAAAUUGCUGAUGAAGCCAAAUCCUCGCUUCUCAAGCUGGCAGCCCUCUUCAGCCGCGAAAACAACCCCAGUCACAUCUUAUACCCGCACCAGGAGCUUGAUUUGACCAGCCUGACUGUUGUCACGUACGCCGCGCCACACCCAGCCACCCCCUUCUACAUACAUAAUCAAGCAACCCUCACCAAGAUCACAUCCAGUAACAACGGCCACAUACAAUGCAGUCCCAGGUCUGGGAAUUUUUUGUCCCCCACGUUAUGGUCCCCUCCGUUACUCAACCCUCCCGCCUCGCUCGCCUCAUCGCUCACUGUCGUCAACUAUGAGUUCAAGCAGGACGCAAGCAACCCCACAGAGUCUUCCUCUCCCCAGCCGAACCGCACCUGCACCCCUCAGCCUGAGCAACUUCCUCAUCCAACCAAUUGCUUUCCUCUACCACCAGCGGCCCGUCCUGCGCCACUGCCAUCAUCUUCGUCUAUCAAGCCCACUGGCUCGACUGGCGCUGCUCCGCCGCGACCUGUGUAUCUCACACUGUGCCCUGCCCCUGCAGCAACGUCCGAGCCUGGCUCGCCCGGCAGAUCUGAUCCAACAGACCAACCAAUUGCUCUGGACGAGCGCACUGAGCACACGCAGCCAAACACAGACAUCGCAGAUGACACAGGGAAUCUGAGCGUCGCGCCAGACGGCGCCCCCAGCCUCAACAUUGUCUCUCCUGUUGCUGCUCCCCUUCCCACGACGGACCUCGGGCCUGGGGCCCCACAAACACCAUUGAACCCAUCCAAAUUACAACCUCGUCAUUUUCAAGGCCAACCUUGGCAAGCUUGUCCACAACCAGAUCAUCAAGAUUAUCAGCAACAAGCCGGAUGA